AUGUUUACGAAUCAGACGUUCGUGGGCACUGUCCAUUAUGUUGCACCAGAGGCAUUGUCCAUCAACGCCCCGAAGUACUCUGCCAAGUCCGACAUAUAUUCGUAUGCUGUUCUGGCGUGGGAGGUCUCUGCCAGGCGGAUACCUUACAAGAAAUCGGAGCCCUCUGUCAUCGUGGCCAUGGUCCGGGGAGGCAACCGCGAGGAGUUGAAGCUCGUGCCUGACCAGGAGUUGAGGCCAUUCAUCGAAAAGGCUUGGCAUCAAGACCCCGAUCAGCGACCCACGUCCGCAGAGAUUUUAGAGCUCUUGCAGCACCCAUCCAUGAGGAUGUGGUCUGCGCUAAUGACGACCUAG